CUUCUUCUUCUUCUUCUUCUUCUUCUCUUUCAAUCUGUAUUUGUUUUUUUGUAGGUUGGGUGUUUGUAGGGUUUAUAAAUGGGAAGAGCACCUUGCUGUGACAAAGCAAACGUGAAGAGAGGGCCAUGGUCUCCUGAAGAAGAUGCUACUCUCAGAAACUAUGUUCAGACUCAUGGCAUUGGUGGAAAUUGGAUUGCUUUGCCAAGGAAAGCUGGCCUGAGGCGUUGCGGCAAGAGUUGCAGAUUGAGGUGGCUCAACUAUCUCAGGCCAGACAUCAAACAUGGUGGUUUUACUGAGGAGGAAGACAAAGUCAUAUGUGCCAUCUAUAAUCAAAUGGGAAGCAGAUGGUCUGUCAUAGCUUCUCAACUUCCAGGAAGAACAGACAAUGAUGUCAAGAACUACUGGAACACCAAACUGAAGAAGAAACUAGCCAAAUUUCACAGCAAUGGCAAUGCUGCUAACAACCCUAAUCCUUUCAGCUCCGCUCCACCGCCUACCGCUGCUCCUAUGCCGGUAACCGAAGCCUACCGUCAUGGUUUUCCGCCAUUGCUGACUCAAGGUUAUACUGGUACAAGUAAUAAUACCGGAGUAUCAGAAUUUGGUGCAAGUUCUAAUAAUGGUCACAAUGUUUUCAUAUCUGAUCAAGGUGGUUUGAGUACUGAUCAUGCUACUGGUAUAUCUUAUGUGAGCUACUUGCCCGGUACCCGAGGCGGGGAAGAUGAUGGGGUUUUGAUGGAUUUUGGGAUGGGAAAUCUUCCAUAUGAUAUCAUCAGUGGCUUCUGGUUUCAGGAGAAGGACAGUACUGAAGUUACUCCAGGUUCAUCAAGUUUGGAUGAGUUUCCCCAUCUCAACAUUAAGCCACAAGGAUUGUGACAAAGUCGUACCAGUAACCAGUAUUAAUGAAAGAAAAAGAAAAAGAAAAAGAAAAAGGGUGAGAGGGCAUGAUCAAAGUAGGUUUUUGUUGAUAGAUGGAAAUUGAGAUGUUAUGAUGUAAAUGAAAUUAAAGAGACUAUAUAUCAGUAGAUGAAUUUAGCCAAGUACUCGAUUUUUAUUUUUAUUUU